CUGCCUGAAUGACAUCUAAACUUAAGCGAUGGAAGAAGCAACAGAUAUGAGUUCCAGCUUUUAUUGUAAAGUUACGUGACGCUGAGUGCAUGAGCGGUGCUCGUGCAGUUAGAGGAUGUCGCGCGUUACAGCUGAUUUGAAGUGUCAAACACUUCUCGAGUGUAAUUACUGUUACCCUGAUGAGGUGCUUGAUGACAUAAAAGACGUGGCGACAGAUUUCCCACACCUGCAGUUAUACGUGGACUAUUACCUCUAUCCCAACAAUGAUAAGAAGAAGUUGGUUUAUUUGGGUGGCACUGUUCCUAUAACAUAUGAAGGUGCUACGUACAACAUUCCAGUUUGCAUUUGGAUCCAUGAGACCCAUCCCAAAAACCCACCCAGGUGUUUUGUUUGCCCUUCACCCUCCAUGAUCAUCAAUGCUAAAACCAGCAAUGUUGAUGCCAAUGGUCGCGUCCUUCUCCACUGCCUCAGCAACUGGAAGAUUGGCUGGUCAAACUUGUCGAUAGUUCUGGAAGAGAUGAUUGCAGCCUUUCAACGUGAAACUCCUCUUUUUGCCACCCAUGCAGUCCGAACCCCUCCACAACAAGCAAAACACCUGCCGGCUGAACUGGUAGUUCAACCGAAUCCUGUUUUGUCUUAUGGCAGCUGGCCACAUACAGGCAGCAGUUCAGUGCAAAAAAUGUCAGCAGUUCAACAUGGAGCAUCCAACUCAUCUGUGCCUCAGCAUGCCAGCAACAGCCUACCCAAGAGUACAAAGUCCCAGAUGAACCUGAAUCAAGCCAGUGAAACAGAGAUGAGCGGGGUAAGGAGAUCAUACACGCAAGAGCUGCUGGAUUUCGGGAUCACGUUUGGUGCUCAAGCUUUGGAGACUAACCACCAAACAAACCCAUUUAUUUCUCCUGCCUCAGCUCCCACCAGCAGUGCUUCUAAUGUUGAUGACAUAGACAACCUGUUCAAAAGCCUUCAAUUACAAAGAGUUGUCAACAUGUACCAGUUGAGCAACAGGGAGAAAGAUGUUCAUCAUGCUGGAGGAGUGUGGCAGGAUUGUGGUGGUGGAGUUCAAUCAGGCUUAGUGGAUGACCGUCACAAGGUGGUGGUAAGCCGGCUUCCUGUGGGCGUCUCUCCCAGCAAGAUGAAGAACAAGCUUACCAUCUUCUUCCAGCGGAGGCAGAAUGCAGGAGGAGAGGUUCUAGAUGUCAAAUACCCUGCAGCACUGCCAGACCAGGCCUGGGUGCUCUUCAGACGCCAAAGAGACGCAGAGCAUGUUCUGAGGCAGCCCGACAGGGUGAUUACCAUUAAUGAGCAGCAAUUUCUUAUUCAGCUGAAGAAGUUUGAGGACAUGGAGAUCCCAGGUGGUAUUCAAGGUGAGAAAGCUGAAAUGUUUAGGAGCAUCUUGAGUCUGGAAGGGUGCAGUUUCAGCUCCACGGAUGUCCUGGAAGCAGUGCAGUCAUGCCGAGACCUCCCCUCUGCUCUGAAAUAUCUCUGCCGUGAUUGCCCUAUAUGCCAGGAGCAAGUGUCCUUCAACAGGAUGGUCACCAUGACACACUGCUCUUGCACAUUCUGUGAGAGCUGUUUUAAGAAGUACUUCUCCUCUGUCAUUAAGGAGAAGAAUAUAGUACAUGCUGUGUGUCCCCUGUGUAAUCUUCCCGAUGUACAAAAAGGCCGCAAGGAGGAGUCUAUGGAGUACUUCAGUCUACUCGACACACAGAUCAGGUAUUAUUUGGACCCCCAGAUCCAUGAGCUCUUUCAGAGGAAGCUCAGAGACCAGGCACUGCAGGAAAUGCCCAACUUCCGCUGGUGUGCACAUUGUUGCUUUGGGCUCCUUCAUGAAGCAAACAGGCUGAGGAUGGAUUGCCCCAGCUGUGGGAAAAGCACAUGCUUUCAAUGUAAAAGGCCGUGGGCUUCACAGCAUGAAGGAAUCUCAUGUGAGAAGUUCAAAGAGUGGGAGCAACUCAACAGCCCCGAGUACCAAAANNCAAGGCUGGAGCAGCUCCUCAGCAGGAACAAAAUAGACUGUCCAAAAUGCAAAUUUCGCUUCUUCCUGGCCAGAGGAGGCUGUUUGCAUUUCAAAUGCACUCAGUGCCAGCACGAAUUCUGCGGAGGCUGCAGUCAGCCAUUUAAACAAGGCUCUGCCUGUACUUUUUCUACUGAGUGCGGAGCUAAGGGGUUACAUGCUCAUCACCCUCGAAACUGUCUAUAUCAUCUGAGAGACUGGAGUGUUCCAAGACUACGGACCCUGCUGCAGGUCUAUGGGGUAUCACAUCCCCUCAUGUUCAGCCCCAAAAAUAUAGCAGGGAGACACUCUAAAGGUAUUUGUGGUGUAAUGGAGUUCCAAGAAUCAGGAGCUGUGAAGGAGGAGCCAUGUGGACGAACAGCUCUCCCAGAGUACAGUGGUUACUGCACGGUACAUUAUAAAGAGUGUCUGGUGGAGUUAAUAAACAACAAUGCACUGGACCCUGUGGUACUGUUAGAUGGUGCAGAGUUGAAGGCAGAAAUGGACCGCUGGAAAGUGCCAGUCCCAGAAAAACAACCUUUAGAACCAGAUCAAAGGUACGAGGACAGACUUCGGCAGAUCUUAAAAGAGAGGGUUAGUCUGACCAGCGGUGCGGCUCCUGGAUUAAAGGCAGCUGCUCCUCCCACACCGUCCCCCUCUUCUCCUCCUGCGGCUGGAGCUCCGUGGUACUCCAUCUUGAGCCGGGCCGUUUCUGAGGACUCCCAGCAACUACUGCUGCUGACUGAUUGAAGAGCAUAUCAGAGCACAUGGACUUUAUAUGCAAUUCUGCUGUCACUAUUAACAUUAACGGAGUGACAACUCUGGGUCCAGCGAAAUUGUUUUUUCAAUAGGCUACAUUAUUAUAAAAAAAGAAAGUGUUUCUUACC